AGAGGGAGCUCGCCGCCGAUCCGGAGCAUGGGUUGUUUGUGUAUGCUCCGCCCAGCCAGCGCUCUCCUCCUCCUCCUCCCCGCGACGUCCCUGCGGGUCGGCGGCCUCCCAAAGCUCUUUCAGCGCACAGCAUCUCCUGUCACCGCCCGCGAAGCGGCGCUCGUCUCGCUGCUCUCUGACGCGUUUUCGGCGCGAGAGCCGCCCAACGAGGCGGCCGCAGUUGCCGCGGUGCGCGACCUAUCGUCGGCGUGCGUCCCCUUCGACGCUGCGCGGUUCGGAGAUGGGCUGUGGAUCACAGUCUACACUUGCGGCGCCGAAACUCCGCGCUGGCAACGGCUGGCGCAGUCGCGGGCGUCGCGGCUGCUCCCCUCGCCGAACGUGGCCGGCCAGCGCUACUCCUUCUCCGACAACGGCGGGCGGGUGCUAAACUACGCAGAACUUGUCGGCGCGGCGCUUCACAUCACCGCGGGCGGUGCAUUCGAGGCGGUGGACGCAGCGCAGCGGUGCCCCAAGGACUUCAGCGUGCAGAUCGACGGCGGCACCGUCUGUGUCGGCGGCCUGACGCUGGCGCUUCCCAUCUCGGGCCCCGGCUACCUGCGCGUCCUCUACACCUCCCCGGCCAUUCGCAUCCUCACCAGCCUCACCCGGUCGCCCGACCGGUGGGAGGACGCCGGGCUCGUUGCCGUGCAGCUGCCGGCGGAGAGGGUGGCGCCGGACUGGGUGGCCCCGUGUGUUUAACGCGG